GAUACCGUCGUAAAAGUGUUGAAUACAUCAGCGAGGAAGAACAAAACGAAGAUGGCAGCACUUUUUAAAGCUCGGAAAGCCCUGAGCAGGGCUGUGAAAUGUGGCACUCGUUGCUUUUCUCAGCUUGCAGAAUUACCUGAACUCCAUCAAAUUCUGAGGCAAACAUGUCAGGAAUAUGCAGCGAAAGAACUUGCUCCGAUUGCUGCACAGCUUGACAAAAAUCAUUCUUUCCCGGCUAAGCAGAUACAGGCACUGGGAGCAAUGGGUGUGAUGGCCAUGGAGGUACCAGAGAAUCUUGGGGGAGCUGGAAUGGAUUAUUUGGCCUAUAGUCUGGCUGUUGAAGAGAUAAGCAGAGGUUGUGCAUCUACUGGGGUCAUCGUCAGUGUCAACAAUUCAUUAUAUUUGGGCCCUAUUCUGAAGUUUGGCACAGAAGAGCAAAAGAAGCAGUGGAUAUCUCCCUUUACCACUGGGGAAAAAGUAGGCUGCUUCGCUUUGAGUGAGCCAGGCAAUGGGAGUGAUGCAGGUGCAGCCUCCACACUGGCACAUCUAGAUGGAAAUGAAUGGGUGCUGAAUGGCACCAAGGCCUGGAUCACCAACUGCUGGGAUGCAUCUGCUGCAGUUGUCUUCGCCACAACAAAUAAGAGCUUAAAACAUAAGGGAAUCAGUGCCUUUGUGGUACCUAUGCCUCACCCAGGCCUAUUUCUUGGAAAGAAAGAGGAUAAGCUUGGAAUCCGCGCAUCGUCUACAGCAAACCUGAUUCUGGAAGACUGCCGUAUCCCACUGACAAACUUAUUGGGUGAGCCUGGGAUGGGCUUCAAGAUUGCCAUGCAAACGCUGGACAGUGGGCGCAUUGGUAUAGCAUCUCAGGCUCUUGGGAUUGCACAAGCCGCUAUCGACUGUGCAGCUGGAUAUGCUCAGAAGAGGAUAGCUUUUGGAGCACCAAUUGCAAAGUUGCAAGCAAUACAGUUUAAGUUGGCAGACAUGUCUGUGGCUAUAGAAAGUGCUCGUCUUCUCACCUGGAAAGCUGCACUGUUACGAGAUGGAAAGAAACCGUAUUCUAAGGAAGCUGCUAUGGCCAAGCUGGCUGCAUCUGAAGCAGCAACAUUUGUUUCUCAUCAGGCCAUUCAGGUGCUAGGAGGAAUGGGUUAUGUAACAGACAUGCCUGCUGAGAGACACUACAGAGAUGCCCGCAUCACUGAAAUCUACGAGGGGACCAGCGAAAUUCAGAGACUUGUCAUUGCAAACCAGAUUUUGAAGGAAUAUCAGCAAUAGAGCUGCAUGGCAUGCAGCAAAUGUAUGUCAACACACCAAAUCAUCAUUCUGAAAUGACUUUUAACAUGGCAGUGAGUGCCCGGGGAUGCUACCAUUGUCAAAAACACAUGCUAAAUAGUGAAAGGUUUGCCUGUGCUGUCAUUUCCGGAUAUUUAAGGCUUAAGUGUCAGAAGAGCAGUCAUUAAUUCCACAAGAGAGCAGAAUGUGUCUGUGCUGCUAGCUUUUGCUGAUGUCACUGCAUGUUUGGAGAAAAAUCUAAUCAUGGAAUGAUUCUCAACUGAAUACAUACUUGGCUUAAAAUAUUUUUACAUAUUUCGUUUGCAAAUCUUUGCUUAUUGCAUCAGUACACUAUUACAUGUAAUAAAUUAAACAAUUAGAAGUUUAAAUGUAAUAAAUUUCAGUAUAUGAUUUAAUUGAAAGUUGAAUAAUCUCCUUUAUGAAUGAGCUUCAAAAAUUUUACUGGUAGUGUGGUGUACAGACAGAAUUGCAGAAUGGCUGUGGCAAUUUGAGGGUGCUGUGUGGCUAGUGGCUAGAUUUUGAUCAGUUCCAUCACAGAAGAGGUUGGUUGCUGCAGAUUAGAGUUUGUUCCAAUGCAGGCAGCAAAGUGGUUAACAAAAUGCUUUCAAAAAUGAGUAUUAAAUAAGGAUAGAAGGCAGAUUAAAAACACUGCAUGGCAAAAAUGAAAAAACUGUGUUUCGUCCAGUUCGUAGAAGGCCUGUCAUCCAAAUAAUUCCUAUUUUAUUUUUUGUUUUAAAAAUAUUAAUGACUAAAUACUGGAUUUGGCAGAGUGACCCAUUUAGUGGAUGUGUUUUGCUGGGUUUUUAAUAUUAUAUAUUUUAUUAUUAAUAAUAUUUUAUAUUAGGUUAAAACAAUGUUUAAGUAGUUAAUUAAGAAAUAAAACAUGACCAGGUGUGCUGUUAUAGGAAAAUCAAUUAUGUGCUAUCAUGUGGCCCAAUGUAUAGCACAGGCCUGGACUGCUGAAGGACCGAGGACUUUAAGGUUUCUCUGUAAAUUUAAUUACACAGAUGGCCUGCAACAUUAAGGAGUGUGAUGUUCUUUCAUUUAUAAGAAAUGUAAUCACUGACAAAUUGCAGUGGUACAAGAACAACAGAUUCUUCUGUCCAUGCAAUUGUAUGACACUAAUCAAGUCUGGUGUAGUAAAAGCAUUAUGUCCUUGAUUA